GAUCUCAUCGACAACAAGGGGAACGGCCUCAUCAUGUUGCUCCACGGCUCACCUGGCACUGGAAAGACUUUCACGGCCGAGUCAGUCGCCGAGAUUGCGAGGAAGCCUCUUUACCCAGUGACUUGUGGUGAUAUUGGUACUGAGCCUGAACAGGUGGAGAAGUAUCUUCAGUCCGUCUUUCAUCUGGGCAAGAUCUGGGACUGCGUUGUGCUUCUAGAUGAAGCAGAGGUUUUUCUCGAGCAACGGACACUUCAUGAUCUCAAGCGCAACGCCCUGGUGUCUGUGUUUUUGCGCGCUCUUGAAUACUACGAAGGUAUCCUUAUCCUGACCACGAACCGCGUUGGUACCUUUGACGAGGCAUUCAAAUCACGUAUCCAGCUGGCCUUGCGCUAUGAGAAGCUUCAAGGCUACCAGCGGAAGAAGAUCUGGAGAAACUUUAUGAAGAGGCUGGAGGAGAUCGGUGAGGAGGACAAGAUCGAUUUCGACGAUAUUGAGCUGAAUCUGGACGACCUGUCACGGUACGAGAUGAAUGGUCGGCAGAUUCGCAACUCGAUCACCACGGCGCGGCAGCUGGCAAAGUACAAG